AUGUCAAAAGGAGCGGGGCAGAAGUUGUCAAAGGAAGACGAAUUACUGCUAAAGGAUUUCUCGGCAGCAGUGUCAGCAAAGGGCAGUGCAUUGUUCUAUGGAAAUUCGACAGUGAUUGCUAUUGCACCUCUAUACCUUUUCCAUGGAAUACAUCAGAUGGAAGUGACUGAUUCGUGGAUCAUUUGGUUAAUUUCAUCGCUAACUGCAUCCUAUCUUAUCAGUUUUGCCUACAAGAAUAUCAAGCACAUUCUGAAGCAUAAGAUUGUUGUAAAAAGGAGUGAGGCAAUAACUCGUGAAAUGAAUCGAAAAUUAGCAGAUGAUAAAAAAAUGUCGAAAAAAGAGAAAGAUGAAAGAAUUUUAUGGAAGAAAAAUGAGGUCGGAGAUUACGAAGCGACUACUUUUUCUAUCUUUUGGAAUAAUAUUCUUUUUCUUUCACUUCUUCUUAUUUUAUCAUUCUUUUUAUUCGCUUCUAUAUCGUCCACUUUCAAUUGUCUGUUUUCUAUGGUUGGUGCAGCCGGUUUGGUUGCUCUGUUCUCAACUGCCAAAUAG